AUGGAUCUCGAGCGUCUGAGCCCAAGGAAUCAAAUCAAGAAGGAAUCUUGGUGGACGGUUCUGACUUUAGCUUACCAGAGCUUAGGUGUGGUCUAUGGAGAUUUAGCAACUUCGCCAUUGUAUGUCUACAAGAGCACUUUCGCUGAAGACAUCCAACACUCAGAGACGAACGAAGAGAUCUUCGGUGUUCUGUCUCUAAUCUUCUGGACAUUAACUCUAAUCCCACUCGUCAAAUACGUCUUUAUUGUUCUUCGAGCUGACGAUAAUGGAGAAGGUGGGACUUUUGCUCUCUACUCUCUACUGUGUCGCCAUGCCAGAAUCAGCUCUCUGCCCAAUUUCCAGCUCGCCGAUGAGGACCUCUCUGAGUAUAAGCAAAAUCCCGGGGCCAAUCCGAGGAAUUUGAAAGCUCCGGGGUGGAGUUUGAAAAACACGCUUGAGAAGUAUAAGGUUCUGCAGAACAUGUUGCUUGUUCUUGCCCUGAUUGGGACUUGUAUGGUCAUUGGUGAUGGUGUUCUCACACCAGCAAUCUCUGUUUUCUCAGCAGUCUCUGGAUUAGAGUUAUCCAUGUCCAAGGAGCAACAUCAAUAUGUGGAGGUUCCUGUGGUCUGCGCCAUACUGAUACUCUUGUUCUCGUUACAACACUAUGGGACACAUCGUUUAGGCUUUUUAUUCGCUCCAAUUGUGCUCGCAUGGCUUAUCUGCAUCAGCACCAUUGGUGUGUACAACAUCGUCCAUUGGAAUCCUCAUGUUUACAAAGCAUUGUCUCCUUAUUACAUCUACAAGUUCCUCAAGAAAACUCGUAAACGCGGCUGGAUGUCUUUAGGUGGCAUCCUUCUUUGCAUAACCGGCUCAGAAGCAAUGUUUGCUGAUCUAGGACACUUCACUCAGUUGUCAAUACAGAUUGCAUUCACAUUUGCUGUUUACCCGUCGUUAAUCCUCGCAUACAUGGGUCAAGCUGCGUAUCUAUCAAAGCACCAUGUCCUCGAGAGCGAUUACCGGAUUGGAUUUUAUGUUUCAGUCCCCGAGCAAAUAAGAUGGCCGGUUUUGGCAAUUGCCAUAUUGGCGGCUGUUGUUGGAAGCCAGGCGAUAAUCACCGGAACAUUCUCGAUCAUCAAGCAAUGCACUUCUCUAGGCUGCUUCCCCAAAGUCAAAAUCAUGCACACAUCGUCCAAAAUGCACGGCCAGAUUUACAUCCCGGAGAUCAACUGGACUCUCAUGCUCUUAUGCUUGGCAGUGACGGUAGGGUUCCGCGACACCAAACACAUCAGCAACGCCUCCGGUUUGGCGGUUAUUACCGUUAUGCUUGUAACGACUUGCCUGAUGUCCUUAGUAAUCGUCCUAUGCUGGCGAAAAAGCUCACUCUACGCGCUAGCUUUCAUCUUCUUCUUCGGAACAAUCGAAGCUCUCUACUUCUCAGCUUCACUCAUCAAGUUCCUCGAAGGCGCGUGGGUUCCAAUCGCGCUCUCCUUCAUCUUCCUCCUCAUCAUGUACGUUUGGCACUACGGAACCGUCAAGCGUUACGAGUUCGACGUGCAGAACAAAGUCUCGGUCAACUGGCUCCUCACGCUUUUCGGCUCCUCAAACCUCGGCAUCGUCCGUGUCCGCGGAAUCGGAGUGAUCAACACGGAGCUUGUCUCUGGCAUUCCUGCAAUCUUCUCUCAUUUCAUCACUAACCUGCCUGCGUUCCACCAAGUUGUCGUCUUCCUCUGCGUGAAAUCUGUCCCCGUACCGCACGUUAAACCGGAAGAACGGUUCUUGGUCGGAAGGGUCGGACCGAAGGAGUACCGUCUGUACCGGUGUAUCGCCCGGUAUGGAUACCGCGACGUGCACAAAGACGACGUCGAGUUUGAGCAAGACCUCAUUUGUAGUAUCGCUGAGUUUAUCCGUUCGGAUAAAGCAUUCGAUUACUCCCCGGACAGUGAAAACGAAUCCGGUAGUAACGAGAGGUUAACCGUGGUCGCGGCUUCCUCCUCCAAUAUGGAAGGUGUUCAUAUCUAUGAAGACGAUGGUUAUGACAAACAAGAACAAGAACCAUCGUCUUCUUCGGAGGUUGUGGUUGUGGCGGUAGAGCCACGUAAUCUUUCGCCUAGAGUGAAGAAAAGGGUACGGUUUGUGUUACCGGAGAGUGCGAGGAUCGAUAGAUCUGCGGAGGAGGAGUUAAGGGAGCUGACGGAGGCGCGUGAGGCAGGGAUGGCGUUUAUAAUGGGGCAUUCGUAUGUGAGGGCAAAGUCGGGGUCGAGUUUGAUGAAGAAGAUCGCUAUUAACUUUGGAUAUGAUUUUCUAAGGAGAAACUCGAGAGGGCCCUGUUACGGUCUCUCUACUCCUCACGCUUCUACUUUAGAAGUUGAGAUCGUAAGUGGGCUUGUGACAAAUGUAGCAUCAAUUCUGUGGAAAUGGUUGUGGUCUCUUCAAACAUCCACAACCACAACAACCACCACAAAAUCUGGUGUUUCCAGCCGUUCGAUGGUGAAAUAUGAAAGUGGAUAUAACAUAGAGACAGUGUUUGAUGGAAGCAAGCUUGGGAUUGAGCCCUAUGCAAUUGAAGUUUCCCCUAAUGGAGAAGAGCUUAUUGUCUUGGAUUCUGAGAACAGUAACAUCCACAAAAUCUCCAUGCCUCUUUCUAGAUAUGGUAAACCGAAGCUAGUCUCUGGUUCACAAGAAGGCUACACAGGACACGUCGAUGGAAAGCUCAAAGAGGCGAGAAUGAAUCGUCCUCGAGGAUUAGCCAUCGACGACAGCGGGAACAUCUACGUCGCCGAUACUAAGAAUAUGGCCAUACGCAAGAUCAGCGACGACGGAAUCUCAACCAUCGCUGCCGGAGGAAGAUGGAGCGGCGGAUCUAAAGAGGAGUCAAUGAGAUUCUCCGAUGACUUUGAUUUGAUCUACGUCUCUUCAAGCUGCUCUCUUUUAGUCAUUGAUCGAGGAAAUCAAAUGAUCAGAGAGAUUCAGCUUCACGAUCACGACUGUUCUCAUCACGAACCACCCGCCGACACAGAUCCCUAUCUUGGAACCGCUUUGCUCGUUGCUGCUGGGUUCUUUGGAUAUAUGUUAGCUUUAUUAGUUCGUAGAGUACGUUCGUUGUUCUCUUCGUCUCGCCAUGAUAACAAGAGGUACGUAGCAAAACCGAACAUGACAGUGGCCCCAUAUCAGCGUUAUCCAAGACCGGUUCGACAGCCGUUAAUCCCGCCACAACAUGAACCGGAGAAAGAAGAAGGAUUUCUCGGUUCGCUUGGAAAGCUAGUCGUGAAAACCGGUUCUUCGGUUUCUGAGAUGAUGUCCGGUUCUAGGAAUGUAGCUCCCCAAGAGUUCCAGUACCACCACCAUCAGCAACAACCAAACCAGUGGCCUGUACAAGAGAGCUUUGCUAUACCGGAGGAAGACGGACCGCCAGCUUUGGAACCGAGAUCCGGUGCAAAUCCGGAUAAGCCUUACCUUAGAGCACAAGGAACCAACCAGAACCGGUCUUAUUACCAAGAUUAUGACCAAUACCAAAACCAGCAGAAACGUAACGUGAGCGAUACGGCAUCAUCUUUCGAAGAUAACCGAGAGAAGAACGAGAUCGUGUUUGGUGCUGUUCAGGAGCAGGACGGUCGCCGAGAAGCUAUGGUGAUCAAGGCCGUUGACUUCAACGAAUCAAUGAAUGAACAACGAAAUCUACGGCCCAGAAUUAAUUACAUGGGAUAUUCUUCUCAUGUUUACUGA